UUAUAACUAACUGAGACGUGUGACUUGUAAUUUCUGUGGUCAAAACAUUUAUUUGAUUUUCCAGUGAAUAUUGUCGAAUGUGCGUUUAUUGUAUACCAGUUGUCUAGGUUAUUGAAACACGUUUCCAACAUGGCUGCGCCCACAAACAGCAGAGAUGCUGCUCUCUCAGCUAUUUCAGGUCAUUCAGCAAGUGUUUCAGCAGCAGCGGAAAAUGUUUCAUUACAGUAUAGUCUGCUUUUGGAUCAUCUUAUCGGUGACCGAAGGAAAAUUAAAGACUUGAAUCCGACCGUAAUGGGUGCUUUGCCGAGUCCUCAGAAAACAGAGGAGCAGAAGAUGAUCGAGAGAGGAAUGGAGAGCUGCGCCUUUAAAUCACUGAUCGCAUGUGUCGGAGGGUUUGUUUUGGGAGGUGCUUUUGGUAUCUUCACAGCUGGUAUUGACUCCAAUGUUGGGCUUGAUCCCAAAGACCCCCUAAGAACCCCCACAGCAAGAGAGGUUUUAAGAGACAUGGGGCAGAGAGGAAUGUCGUAUGCUAAAAACUUUGCCAUUGUGGGUGCCAUGUUUUCAUGCACAGAGUGUCUCAUAGAAUCCCAUCGUGGGAAGUCCGACUGGAAAAAUGCAGUAUAUAGUGGCUGUGUUACAGGUGGUGCCAUUGGAUUCAGAGCUGGUCUUAAGGCUGGAGUUUUGGGCUGUGGAGGUUUUGCAGCUUUCUCUGCUGCCAUCGAGUACUACCUCCGAUGAUGAACAUCAGCUUCAGGACUCUUACCAUGUACUGUUGUGAGUUCUCACAGUAUAAUGAAACGGGCGACAUAUUUGAGUGCGAACUUCCACUCUCCUGCUGAAAAAGAGGUGUUCCAAUCCCACCAGAGGAGGACUGUAAUAUUCUGUUACCUAAGUGAGUGAACUAAUAAGACACCAAACUAAGAUGCGGUACCUUGUUUUGUUUUACUUCUGCGAAAUGUGUGGACCCUUCUGUCUCAAAGGGUCCUUAAAAUGUCUGCCCAUUGGCCGAAUUAUGUAUGAUCAAUACGCCAUGUGAUGGGGCACAUCUCCUUUGACAACCUCCCAGAUCAAAACUUUAAUAUUUUGACAUAAAUAACAUAUAAAUCAGUCAUCCCAAUAAAGUUUUCUCCGUUAAUGACUGUAGACAUGUUUUGUGUUGUGAAAUGGCUUUUGGUGAAGCCGUUUCUGUCAGAAACAUACCCAUUAAAGUGUAUCCUGUCUCUGUGAGAAGCAAGAUGAAAUGUACAGUUUUUAUUUUGCCUGUGGAAAAAAUAAAGAUUGGUGUAAAAUGUAAUAAAAUCAGUAACAUUUUACAAUAAGGUUGCAUUCGUUAACAUUAGGUAAAGCAAUAGUUAACAUGAACUGACAAUAUUUUCCACAGCAUUUAUUAAUCUUGGGUAUUGUUAAUUUCUACAUAUGCAGAUACAUUUGCAUGCAAUAUUUUGAUAAAUUAACAUUAAGAUGAAAAAAUGCUGUAAAGAUUUUUUUUGAUUGUUGAUACACGAUACCUAAUGUGUUAACUUGUGCACGCAGAUAGAACCUUAUUGUA